AUGAGCUACUACCCCCCUUCCUCCCCCUCAUCUGUCGCCUCUUCCUCCUCCUCCACCUCAUCCCCAGCAUCUCCGACUGCGACGCUACCUCCUACCCAACUACCGACCCUCGACGGCCUGGUCCAGCACUUCGCUGAUGCCAAACAAGCACUCUCCUCCACUCAAUACGUCUAUCGCGCGACUCAGCUAGUCACCUCUUCCCGCACUUUGGUAGAAGAGAUAGCCACCCUGAAUGCCCGCAAUGCCUACCUUCGUCGCGGGGUGCAGGAUGAGGUGGAGGUGCUGGCAGAAGUGAGCGGAGAUGUGGAAGCAGCAGGCGACGAGAUCAGCGAGGAGUUCGAUGAGAUGGUACAGGGCUUGGACCGAGCCAAUGCUAGACUGCAGCAGACGCUGGAGGGUUUGAGAGGGAGGGUCGUCGAGAGCAAGCUAGCACGACGGGAUGAGAGCACAUCCGAUGAGGAGGCUGUAGAUGAAGAACGAGACGAGUCUGGCAGUGACGGCGAACAGACGAAAGGGACAGCACAUUCUAAGCAAAAGACCCUCCUCGACUUCAUCGACCCCACCCCCCACGAAACCCUCCAAACCUCCGUCCGCGCCGACAUCGACGCCUUCCACGUUUCCAACACAGACUUCUCCUCCUCCCUCUCCACCUUCCACUCCACUCUUCAAACCCUCAACACCACCCUGCACGACCACUGUUCCCCAACGCCACCCGAAAAGCGCACCCUCUACGACACCGACCCUCCACCCACCGCCCGCGCCCUCUUCACCGGCAUCGAAGACCACGCCACAGCAAUGGCCCAGCUGCUGCAAGGGCUGGUACAACACUACGACCUCUGUGUCAGCGCCCUCAAACACACCGAAGGUGGGGGCGAAGCCGCGCGUGAAGCCGCCAACACAGAACAAGGCGGCGGUGAAGGAGGCGUAGAUGAAUCCCUCUACCUCCGCAAACACCCCAUCCCCAUCUCCCCCCACGACCGCAAUGAAAUGCUAUCCGUUCUCGAACACGACGCCGCCGAACUCCCGGACGUCCUCUCCGAACUCCGGGACAGGAACGGAGAACAAGACGUCCUCUACGAACGCCUCCUCGAAACCGCCAAAAUCUCGCGAAACCACGCCGCCGGUCUGCGCGAAGCCGUACACAUGCUCCACUCGAUCCGCGAAAUCCAACUCCCCGCGCACCUGCACGCGCUGCAUACUCACCGCUCCUGCUGGGCCCGCCUCCACGCCAGCAUGGACGAAAAGCAAUCCAGCCUCCUAGAGCUCGGCGCGAGUAAUGAAGCUUUCAUCGUCGCUUACGCCGAACUCCUCAAGGAGGUUGAGAGGAGGGAGAGCGUGAGAGGGCAGAUGGAGGCGGUGGCGCGGAAGGCGAGGAGGGAGUUGCGGAGGUUGGAGGAGGGGGAUCGGCGGGCGAGGGAGGAGUUUGUUGAGGCUUUUGGGGGGAGUUUGCCGAAUGGGCUGUGGGAUGGGGAGGGUGGGGGGGAGGUGAGAGAGGUGAGGGAGGUGAGGGGGGGGAGGGUUGAGGUGGGGUGA